AUGGCCUACCCAGGAUACGGAACAGGGUUUGGAGAUUUUGGUGGUCCAAUGCCCGGAAUGGGACAGCCUGCUCCAGGAGCAGGUCCGUACAUGUACCUGAGCGGGUAUCCUGCAUAUGUGACGUACUCAGAAGGCUAUUUUUCAGCUGAUAAUCCCAUGUGGACGUACUUCACUGCUGUCGCCGGGCAGGAUGGUGAAGUGGAUGCUGAAGAACUUCAGAGAUGUUUGACCCAGUCUGGCAUUAGUGGAACUUAUUCUCCCUUCAGUUUGGAAACCUGCAGAAUUAUGAUUGCCAUGCUGGAUAGGGACUACACAGGAAAAAUGGGAUUUACUGAAUUCAAAGAACUUUGGGCAGCUCUUAGUGCCUGGAAACAAAACUUCAUGGCUAUUGACCAAGACCAGAGUGGCACAGUAGAGCGUCAUGAACUGAGUCAAGCCAUCGCAACUAUGGGUUAUAGAUUAAGUCCUCAGACAUUAACUGCUAUUGUUAGACGUUACAGCAAGAAUGGCAGGAUCUUCUUUGAUGAUUAUGUUGCUUGCUGUGUUAAGCUUCGAGCAUUGACAGAUUUCUUUAGGAGGAGAGACCACUUGCAGCAAGGGUUUGUGAAUUUCCUGUAUGACGAUUUUUUGCAGGGUACUAUGGCAAUUUGA